AUGGCUUCGAGUGGAGGGGGAAUGUACGCAUUCCCACCUACCCUUGACCCAAGUUGGAGCUUGAAAGGUUCAUCUCGUUACGUGACAGUACAAGCACCGAACAAAGGAUCUCUGGCCACUGUAAACAUCUUCCUGGUUACCAAAUCUAUCCGGGCAUGUGCCACCGUCGAGGACAUCCGCAAGAACUUCAAAGCCGGAACGUACACAGUCAAAGUACCAAACGAAGCACAGGCUAAACAGCUGAAGGACAAGCUAACUGUACUUGGCGAUCAAAUAACAAAAGUAGAAGUUGUGGACGACGAGUUCCGAAACACAUCAAGAGCAGUGAUCUCAUGCCGGGAUCUAAUUGGUGUAACGGAAGAGCAGAUCGUUGAAGAACUGUCGGAACAAGGGAUCAAAGCUGCACGACAUCUGAAAAAAGGUGUGAAUAAAGUUGAAACUGGAUCGGUUGUGAUAACCUUCAACAAACCCCACCCGCCGGAAAGAGUACAAGUAGCAUGUCAUUCGGUCGCGGUCCGUCCAUACUACCCCCCACCAGCACUGUGCUACGGAUGCUUUGAAUAUGGCCAUAUCAGCAAAAAUUGUAGAGGUGCAAAGGCCUGUGCCAACUGCUCUGGGCCUUUCCACGGCGAUAACAUCGACUGCCCAAACCCAGCAAAAUGUAAACACUGCGGAGAAGGCCACGCUGCAACAAAUCGACAGUGCCCAAAAAGGAAAACCGAGGAGGAAAUAGUGAGAAUCAAAAUCGACCGAAACAUCCCUUACCACGAAGCGAGGAAACUCCUUGAGAGCAGGACGAACGCCGGAAACUACGCCAAAGUCGCUGCAGCCGGCUCUAUGAACACGGCUGAGCAAGUGAACAUUGAGGAAGAAAAAAACAAGUGGUUAAGUGAAAUAAAGAAGAAGGAAGAAUCGCUGAAAGUGUUAGAACUAAAAUAUGAACAGAAAUUCGAAGAAAUGCUAAAAAAGCAAAGUGAAGUGGACCAAAGUUACCUAAAACUACAGAAGUGCUUCGAAAAAAGUUCCAUGCAAAUCGAGUACCUGACCAAAGAGCUGGAGAACAAGCAGCACUACAUCACCCUCCUGGAGCAGAAAGUGAAAACUCUCACCAGUAAUAAGAUGACACCUAACGAAGAACGCCGCCCUAUGCCCACCAAGCGAGAUAGAUCUUCGGAAGCCAAGAAAAACGACGAAUUAGACUCUGACGACAGUAACCGAUCCCGAUCUCCAGCGCCGAAAACGCUGGCCAUCGAGACAACAACGACCAGCAAGGACGAUCUUAUUUCUCUUUCCGAGACCAUCUACGUGGAGGUUGAAUCUUCCAGCUCUAUGGAGUUCGACCCGAACUCCAUCUCGCCAAAUUCCUAA